AUGUCUUUGAGCUCUCGCAGUGGGAUUACAGAGAUGUAUGUCCAUAUGGUCCAUCUUAUUCUCGUUGUACUCGCCUCUAUGUGCAAAGGUAAGUUGAACUAUCUUUGUCUUAUACAAACCAUGAUGAUAAAAAUAUAUGUAGACUGUAUGUCUAACUUUCACCUGACUGAAUGCCGCUGUCAGAUAUUUUACGGUGGGGAUUUUGGCAAAUGCUUCUUUGUUUUGGUUUCGUAACAUAACGGUAACCGGUGGUCUGAAAGAUCACGAGUUAACCAGGUGAAUGCAUAGGCUGACGCAUAAACGCUUUCCCCCAAAUCCUCUUGAAUUUAUCGGAAACAGUUGCACUUGCCACUAUUUCGGAUUUAAAUACAAAUCUUAAAAUUAUUCGUUGCAAACAGAAAUGGAUCCUAAAGUUGAAGACCAAAAUAAAGUAUUAGGUCAAACACAUUCAAAUCAGCUGGAUUUUCCCCUCAAUAUCUUAAGUUAAUCAUUCUUUUAUAUCAUAGCUUAUAUUUUAAACACCUCUAAGUCUUUUCUGUUGAGAAUUAUUGGUCUAGAAUGCAAAUAUCAUUUCCUCCCAAGAAAGAAAAUUACACACAGUAUUCUGACUGAGUGAAUGCAUAGUGAUUUUUUCUUUACAUGAUUCCUUUUACUAGUUAAAUAUGGGGUUAGUUCGGGAGGAUUAUUUGGGCUGGGAAUGAAUUGCAUUAAUCUUCAUGUACUGUUUGUGUAGUUUUUGUUGAUAAAAUCUGAUAUCCUUGACUGGCAUAUGAUACUGACCAGUUGCAAGGUCCUCACUUUCAUUUAAAGAACUUAAUUAUUGACGGUUUUCCAUAAAAAGUAAGGGAAGGAAUACAAUAAAGAGAAAGUAUAGUUACUUUCAAGUAACUUUGUCAGGGCUUGAAUAUACUUAUGGAUUGGUCAAUGCCAGCAAUUAAACUUGAAUCACAGUCCUGCACUCUUUAGUAUAGCCCUGAUCUGUUAAAAGCAGAGAGUAAUAAAGAGAGUGAGAAGAAACGUCUCAAGGAAGCAUACAGGAAACUUAAAAUUAAAACCAGAUGAGGAACCUUACUCUACAUACAAGUUAUAGUUACAGUGGAGGUGAUAACUAAUUUUGAAACCUUAAUGUUGGUUUUUGAAUGACUUCUCUGGUUUGCUGUGUCAAUGCAGCAAAAGCAAGCUUAAAAGGUUUAACAUUAUAGUGGGGUCACAAAGUGAGAUUCUGUGACCAUCCUUUGGCAAGGAUGUUUUGACGAUUGAUUUGACCUCUUUGGACCCUUUAGAAAAGAUUUAGCCCCCAGGUCCCUCGCAAAAAUCCCGGCAUUUUUUGCUAGACAGCCAAAUUCAAGAUGGCGGCCGGCGCCAUCGCUAAAAAUUAACUUUUGAUCUGGAUGACCUAGAAUCAUGUAUGAAGACACUUUUCCAUACAAGUCAAGCAUGAGGAUUCCAAAUCUGACAUUGUUUUAAUUGUAAGACCUCGUUUUGACACCGAAAUCCAAGAUGGCCGACAUCCAGUAGAGUAAAACUUGGCUUUAGUUUAUAAAUUUUCAGUCAGUCCGGCUAUUUCGGAUUGGUUAAGUAACAAGAAGAUGUUCUCUAGGUUGUGCCACUGCCAGAUAGCCAGAUAGCUGGGGGGGCUGCCCCCUUAGGGACUGCUGGCCUGCCCUGAACCAUUCUUCGUCAGGCCCCUCGCCAGAGACCAGUUUGUCAUGGGAGACCCUUACAGGAGCACACAGCUCCAGACAACAAAGCUCUCAGGGUCAUAGGGACGCACAAACCCCUCCACCACGGUAAGGUGAUGGUUCCUGGAGAGGGUUUUUUGUUUGUUUUUUUGUGUUUUUUUUUUUUGUCCUUUUUUUUUUUUGUCUUUUUUUUUUUGUCUUUUUUUUUUUGUCUUUUUUGGUUGUUUUUUUUGUCUUUCGUAACUUCCUUUAUAAUACCUUGCGUAUAUCAACACCAACAGCAGAAACAUCAUAUCCAAAACCACACAAAACACGUCUUAGUCUGAAUCAGAGAGUUCUGUGUCACUGCUUUCUGACUCAUCAGAUUCAGAUGACUCCAUCCUCCUCUGAGCAACAUCCUCCUCCUCCUCCUCCUCCUCACUCUCAACUUCUUCCUCCUCUUCAACUGGCCCUGGUGCAGGUAGGUGUGUCGGGAGAGCAGGCCGUGUGUGGCGGACAGGACGACAGCGACCACCCACCAAUUCCCAACCAUGUCCGAGUGGCGAGGGGUGAUUCUUUAGUGUGGGGUGGCGCACUAGAUAUGCCAAGUAGUUGGCACGGAGACAGUGUUGCCGUAAGCUGUCUGCAUCUGGAGGGAGAAGGAUAAACGAUUUUCUCUUCAUGGCUUUCCACUUAGAGGCACGGGCAUCAGCCAUGGUGCUACUCUUCUUGUCACCGUAGAUCACCUGUCUAGUGAAUGCAAAUAGCUCUUGUUCUACCUCCUCUUCAAGGUCAAGGCUAUCUCCACACCGGGAGAGUUGCUGCCGUGCCAAAGAGCUCUUUGCCACCUUCUCAAAGACUGAUGAUUUUCCUUUGCCAUAAAAUCCUGAGUUGGCAUCACAGCCUGUAAAACAGUGUAGCUGCACAAUGCAGUGUGCCAUCUCCUCUGUCAGCAUGCCACGACAGAGGACUGUCUCUUUGUUCCUCUUGAUGCAUAGCAUGCCAGGGAGCUGCUGUGAGAUAACUGAUGCUGCAACGUAGACAUCAGUAUCAGCUGCAUCAAUAACAACGGGGCCACUAUAGCCUGACUGCCGUAGACCUGCAUAAACAGUAAAGAGGAUGGUGUCAGCUUCCGACUGUUCAAUGCUGUAGUCUUCCAUCGGUUGUUGUGUUGACAAGUUGAUGCAAUGUGGGCCAACAGAGUAGACAAUCUCAACAUUCACAUUCUGUGCCAGGUCAGUGAGGUGGCUGCAUAUUAAUUUUUGCAGCCGUCCCUUGUUGCUGACACUACACAGUAGCGUUUUGAAUGCCUUGGCAGAGGGGAGGGGGUCAUCCAAUUUCAUGUACGUGUUUGGUACAUGCACCUUACCUUGUAUGCGCAGGUCUCGUUCAUCAUCUUUAGUGGAGUAGGCUGCAUCGUAUGGAUCAUUCACACAGAUGAUACAGUGAGCACCAAGAUGGCGGGCAAGGAUGAUGGAAGACACCUUUUGCACGUAGUCCAACCAUUUGUAUGGUCUGCCGUCUUGUGUCUGCCUGUCCUCUGCUGAUGGAGUUGCCAUCCUCCAGAUCAUGCCCAUGUCAAUGAUAGCAACAUAGGGCUCUUUAAUAGCAAUCGUUUGGAGGGAGAGCUUCUGGAUGAGCUUGCUCUUCUGUGUCUUUCUGUAUGUACCGUUAGGGUUGAAUAAGGCCCCACAUUCCUCAACAACACGGUGUUCCAGCAGCUCGGGGAGCUUGACAAGUUUACUGUCCUCAACCAGGUUGAUCACCGCUUUGAGAGCGCUUCUUUCCAUUUCAGCAGCUCUUGCCUUGAGUUCCUCGCCGGGCUUCUCUAUGCAUGUAUGCUUGGAAAAGGUCAAACGUUUGCUCAAACUCACAGGUGCAUGGAGGGAUUUAUUCUUACUGAAUACUCGGUCCCGCAAGAAGAUGUUUAACUUCUGCUCUCCUGCAGAAUGGGCUGAUUUAAAGUCCGCAACGAGCUCAUCAGAGGCAGGCGUGGCUGACUGUAGGGUGCGAAGUGUGGGUGAGGCUGGAUUAAAUGGGAAAGAGUCAAACUCAUCCAUGCAUGCAGUUAGGUUAUGCACACACUGCUCAUCCUCUCGCAUGCGCUUCGGGCCACUUUCUGUGUGUUUCCCCUUUGCUUUUUUUCGGGUUGCAAGAGAGUUGUGUGCCGCUCUUAUGCGGGUCACAUUGUUGACAUUUCUGGAGUGCACCAGCAGUUGUUUUUCAUUUUUGAGUAUUGAGAGCCAGCCUGACUUCAUUUUGCUGCCCUUGUUCAUAGUACACUCAAUCCACAUGUCCCAGGCCAUGUUGGAAUAAGGGUUACCUGUGAUGGACUGAGUGAAGUUAGAACGAAGGAAGGCAACCUGUUCAGCAGGGAGAGCUGUCAGCAUUGCCCAGAAGUCAGGCAGCCACCUCCCAUACUUGUUGUUGUCAUAUGCUACCAUCCACGGCUGCAUAGCCCGCAGAGAGCUGACAUACUCUUCCCAGUUGCAGAUAUGAACUGCAUGCACAUUCUGCAUUAGUGAAUCUGUCAUGGACAGGAAGUCCCUCCAGUAGUCUGCCAUGUCAUUCAUGUCUACAUGGGAGAAAAUCUUGGUGAUGAGAUCCUGGAGAUCGGCAUCAUCCUCCAGGGCUGAAUGAGCAGCAGCACGGGCUUCCUGGGAGAGACUUGUAUUCCUCAGAAUAUCAAGAUUCUCUCUUGUCCCCUCUGUUAGGUUGGGUAUCAGUCUCUCCUUGGCCAGCUGGCUCAUAAGUGCCUCAUACAUCAGCCUCAAGCAACGAAGUCCCCUCUUAUAAUGCUUGCCUUUCAGAGCAGAAUCAACGGAUCUCUCAGCAAUAACUCCUGCCGCUACAAUUACAUCUUCUAGCUCACUCCCCUUGUAGCGCUUGUAGAUGGCACUCAUCAUUACACACUGUGUAUGGAAAGGACCAAGAAAGGGCACGAUGUCACGGUACUUGUCUGGGUUCUCAGCCUUGAGCAGAGUGACAAGGACAUACACAGGAUGAUCUCCCACUAAAAAGGCAAAGGGCAUGCGUUUUGUGAUGAUGAUGUGAGAUAGCUUUUCCAUGAUGUCAUUCACAACUGACUUGUUCGGCGGUUGAUUGUAAGACAUAUGAAAAUAAGCCUUGCUCUUUGACUGCUCCUUAUUCAAGCUGGCAUGAAACCCAUUGUAGGAAGGAAUAGUCUGCUCAGCUGCAUCAGGACGAUCACCAUUCUCGUUUGCACGAACAAGGGCAUGAAUAAUGCUCCGCUUGCGCUGAGGCUCUGUACUUGAUGAGAAAGUAGUGGGCUUGGGGCGGAUAGGAGGUUCCCCACGCUUGCUCGUCCUAUAUGGUGUAACUGCCUGCAUCUCUGAUACCUUCUCAGUCAGAGCCUGUGAAACAGUCUUUGCAUCUUUGAUGCGCUUGUGUGCAUCCUGGAUGUUUUUCUCCUUCUGUGCAAGAUGAUCUAGGCGCUGAAGAAACAUCCAGUUACAGCGGUGACCAGUACCCCCCCCCUGUCAAGGUGUCAUUUUGAAAGUCAUCGUUGUCAAUUAUACUGAUGCUUGGUUCUCCCUCAGCAAUUUCAUCAGGACACACAGAACACUGUUCAAGGUCAUGCAUGGUCCAGAUAUCACGCAAGAGAAGCACGUCACGGUAUCUGAUCCCCAUGCCCAACUUGUAGUAACAGUCAACAAGCUCCUUGCUGCGAGUCAAACCAUGAAGGGUGAUGGUGGCAUUGAUGGCAGUAGUGGUGGGUCGUUUUAUUGCAUACUGUGUGAUAAGAGAGGUGAGGGAAAGUGUGCAUGGAGACAGAUCUACCUCCUCCUUCCCCCGUAUAGCAGAUAGCAGCUGCACCAGGAGAGGUGAGAGCUCUUCCUCCUCCUCCAGCUCUUCAACCCUCGGUGGCCAUCGGAUGAGUCUGAUGGACUUAAGAUCAUCCCUGAUCCGCUUAGCCACAUUGUGCACCAGUUGCUCAUUACUGACACCGAUGGAGUUCAAUGCUGCUUCAACAUAUGACCCACCCCCAGACGUGUCAUAGACUAGGUCACUCUGGUUCCUCUGUAAGCUUGAAUGGAAACCAAUCUUACUUCCAAAUUCCCGGGUCAGGAUGUCUUUGAUGUAAGAUGAUUUAACCGCAGAUGUUGGGAAGCCGUACCGAGAGAUCAUAGAGUUGUAGUCUAGGAGGAGGCUCUGCAGUGACCUUAGCUCAUGUUCCUCAAAAAUAACUUUUCUUAUGUGAUUAAAGAACAUAGUCUGUGCCUCACGUAGAGUGACAUUGUGCAUAUGUGGGAGUUUGUCAUCGUCGGUCAUUUUCUUGUAUUUUGUUACAUAUUUCAUCCAACAUGUGUAGUGAUAUCUGAUCUCAAGUGCAUAGGGCUGAUCAGCUGCAGAAUCGAUCAGGCAAUUGAUUCUGUCCCGCAUUGUCUGAUCGUCCAGGGCAACUGUAUGGCUCUUGAAAGCUGCCCAUGCAUGAUCAUAUGAAAUCAGCAUCAGCUUUGUUUCUGGGUGCUUUGGUGACUCAGGCUUACAACACCACACACAUUUUGUUUUAUCAUGUAUCUGCCCAAGACUUGAUCGCAGUCGUUUGGCAGGUGGAUCUGCAGCUGUGGAACAGUCAUCCAACAAAGAAGACUGAGAUGGGAUUUCUUCAGUCUCUUGUUUUUUCUGUCUUUUUUUGGCUUGUUCCAGUUUAUUACAAUUGAAUAGGGUCAACCUACAUGCUUCAUGGACACAUUUUCCAACCGGACCUUUAUCCCAAUCGACAGUUGUAUAGACAUGUCCAAACUUGUCAAGGCCACUCCAUAACAGUGCCCUGUGUUUUAUGUUUUCCCAUCUCUGGGUUGACUUAAUGGUAUCUGUGGCUUCAUUACACAGACUACCACACUGGAGAAUACAUGACUGUCUGUCUGUCCCUGUUGGUACAUUAUUUUCUUCCAUAUUCAAGCAGCUAUGUAUGCUGCAUGCACACUGUCUUUAAAGAUCAAAUGUGUAACUCCUCUAACUGUGGGCUCAAAAGAAUUACUAAAGAAUUACUAACUACUAAAUUAAUAAAUUAAUAAACAAUGCUAAACCAUUGGCCAAAUUGUCAAAUAAUAUAAGAAAAAAUAAAAUAAAAUAAUAAUAAUAAACAAAUAUAUUUAUUUGUAAAGCGCUUUUCCAGGAUGUAAAGACGCUGUACAUGCAAGAACAAUAAAACACACAUCAAUAUACAAUAAAAAAAGGCAAAAAUUGUGAAAAUGGCUGAUCUACAAGCUCACACGCCUCACAAUAUAAGGUGCUAUGGGCUUGUAGAUCUGCUAUUUUCACAAUAUCUAUAUGUGGAACAGAGUCAUACAAAUUGGGGGUUACCCAGUUCAAAUAUGAUUGUUUUGGGGGGUCAAGUCCCGAAAAGGUUGAGAAUCACAGUACUAGAUGGCAGCCAUCUUGAAUAUCGUGGUCAAAACAAAGUUGUAUGAUUAAAACAAUGUCAGAUUUGGAAUCCUCAUGCUUGACUUGUGUGGAAAAGUGCCUUCAUACAUGAUUCUAGGUCAUCCAGAUCAAAAGUUGAUUUUUGGCGAUGGCGCCGGCCGCCAUCUUGAAUUUAGCUGUCUAGCAAAAAAUGCCGGGAUUUUUGCGAGGGACCUGGGGGCUAAAUCUUUUCUAAAGGGUCCAUAGAAGUCAAAUCAAUCGUCAAAACAUCCUUGCCAAAGGAUGGUCACAGAAUCUCACUUUGUGACCCCACUAUUAGUCAGAAAAUGGGAUCAGCAGGAGAGAUACUUUCAACUUAAUUAUUUUCUGUGAUGUUUUAACCUAGUAAAUUCUAAAUGCUUCCUGAUAAACAUGGGGCCAAGGAAUAUGCUUUUUUAUCUUUAGCUUUAUGUAGCUUUAAACCAUUACUUCUGUCACUUUUGUUGCUAAAUUUAAGUCUCAAAGCUAAUGGUUACAUUUUUACAAAAGCUACCAAGAUAGGAUGAGUUUUAUUUUUUCCAUCUCCCACUGAACACAGCAAUUCACUGAAGCAUUCCCAUUAUGGAAGAGGAGUGAAGUUUCACGACUGUUAACCCAAUUGUUUUGCCUUGCCUGCUUGCACAGAAAAGAGAAAGUUUUUUUUGAUCAGAUGAUCAUUUUAUCUUCUUAACAUGACAAGUAUUAUUCUUCCACAAAGGUUAUCAUGAGAACUGUGACGUUGUCCCAAAAGAUAUAUACGCUGAAGUGGGAUCUGAUAUCAAGAUAGUGUGCCACACUUCUUGUGUCCAUGGCCAUGGCAAAGUCUUCUGGAAGCUGAACAGCAGAGAGAUAGAUGAGCACCUGUCAACCACCAUUAACUCCUCAUACACAGUCCUGUUUCUAAGGAACUUCACUGAGCACAGAGCCACACUGCAGUGUUACAGUGCACUAAUUCAGGAAAUCCUUGGAGGCACCACCAUCACAACAUAUGGUAAGAAAUGCUUUUUAAAUAGAAUCCAUAUGCUGACUUUAAAUGUGUUUAAGAGGCCUUAUGAUUAAGAAAUAAUGUAUUGUGAGCAGGUGGUCAUAAGUCUUGGAAACCUGACAUGGGGAGUAUGACCUUGACACAACAGUAUGCUGCUCAUUAUCCAUCAAAUAACUGAAAUAUACAUAAGUUGAUGUAAGGGUGAUUUUAUUUAUCUAAAAAAAUUUUUUUGUAUGCAGUUCAAUAAACAGCCCCUCUGAUUUCAUAGUCUGUGAGCCUUUUGUACCAACAGAUUCAUAUCAGUUUACAUAUUGGGUAGAUUAAAAUUAAUUCAGGGCUGGGCAAUAUGGCCUGAAAUCAACAUCACAACAUAUUGAGCAGUUCACCUCGAUAACGAUAAAUGGAUGAUAACUACUCCACAAGCUGCUCACCUUUCUUAAAUUUUUUGUUCAUUUCAAUGCCUAAUACAACUUAAGUUUCGCAUUUGUGUGGACAAAUAUAAUGAUAACAACAAAAUAGCUCAUAAGAGCUAUAAGAGCUGAUAACCAUUUCCAUGGUUUUCUUCACAAUGACCAAAAUCACUUGAGUUCUUACAUCAAUAGCUAUGGCAUUGUUCUGCCAAAAACAAAGCUUUUAGGCAUUCCAUGUUUUUUCCUCUGUCUGUUGGUCACAUGAUACACACAGGAGUUAGUACUUGAACCAUUGUUUUUGAUGACAGCAGCCAUGCGUCUUGACAUGCUCUCCACCAGCUUCUGAUGUAGCUCUGCUGUCACAGCAGCCCAUUCCUGUUUCAGAAUUUCUACCAAAUCUGCUUUGUUUUUGGGCUUGUGGUUCUCCAUUUUGAGUUUGAUGAUAUUCCACAGGUUUUCAAUUGGAUUUAGAUCUGUUGAUUGAGCAGGCCAAGGCAUGGUUUGAAUGUUUUGGUUCUCCAUCCAGGCUUUAAUUGACCUUGCUGUGUGGCAAGGGGCUUGUUGUGGAAAAUUCAGUCAUUCAAGCCAGGAAAGAGUUUAUCAGCUGAUGGAAGAAGACUGUUUUCAAGAGUAGCCCUGUACGUGACCUGGUUCAGUUGCCCAUCACACAACUGCAUUUGCCCUGUUCCACCCAUACUGAAACAACCCCAGAUCAUCAACAAUCCACCUGAAUAUUUUACUGUAGGGGCAAGACAGUCUGGUUUAUACACUUCUCCUGGCCUCCUCCUAACUGGUGAGUUAGCUGGAGUGGGUAUCAACCCAAAUUUAAAUUCAUCGCUGAAGAGAAUCUUAGCCCAAUCAUCCAGUCCAAUCCCUGUGAUCUCUUGCAAAGAGUAACCAAGAUUUCUUUUGCCUUUUGUGGCGUUCCUGACAGGAAUGAAUGAGUGCAUGGUCCUCUCAUGAGGUAAAAAGACGUUUCCUGCCUCGACCAGCUAGCAAUUUGGUAGUGCCAUGUUUGGCUUUCUUUUUCCUGUUGUAAAGAACAGCUGUCUUGGAGAUCUUCAGUUUUUUGGCUACCUGUCUCUCAAUGAUGCCAAUUUCCAGCAUUGCCAAGAUUGCUGCCUGUGAAGAUGUGGCUUCACUCAUUUCUUUUGUUCUAGGCAUAAUGUUAGAGCUGACAACUUCUGAGUUGUGCUAUGGCUUGAAAGUAAGCUGUAAACAACUCUAGGCCUUUGAAUGUGCAGUGCUGCUAAUGACAUGAAAUGGCCUCUUUUAUACACUGGGAAUACAAUUAAGCUUAAGUGUGUCAAAUAGAACAUGAAAUGGAAUCUGCUGCAUUUUUAGUUAUGUUCAUCAUAUUCUUCAGGUAAUAUACUUCUAGUGGUAUCAGGCAUUAAAAUGAACAAGAAAUUGAGGGAAACAAGGGUGGUCUAAUAAUUUUUUUCCAAUAUUUAUGUAUAAUUUAAUGCAAAAGUUAUCACCAGACACGAUGGAGAAAGAACAUGUCAAAAUUAUUCUCAUCUGUGUGAUAUUAUUUGCAUAAACCCAACACGGAACAAACACUUUGCAGCAUUGGACAGCAGCAGCAACUUAAUUUUUUCUGGCCAAAACAGACUCUUGGUGAACAGCUGUCUUCUGAGUUUGGGUGGGCCAAGAGAGUAGGGGGAGAUUUAGAAGGAGAAAGAAAUGGAUGCAGACAAAUAAACUGAGCAACAACAACGGUGCAAGUCAGCUCAUUGCCAAUAUUAAUGGCUAAAAGAUGUAAAUGUGCAAUAUUCUGAAGACCAGCUAGUUAGUAUUGACUGAUAACAAUAACUCUGACAACUAAAGUAAACAAGCCUGUUUUGUCUUACAGCUAUGAUACUGAUAAUAUGGAGAAAACUGAUUAUGUUAAUUAUCCCAUUUAUGGUAUAGAAGUUUGAAGAUUAAUAUAAACAGUUUGGAUAAGGAUAAUAGAAAUAACACAUAUAAUAAGAGUUUUGUUUAAUCUUGAUAUGAGGUGUCUUGACAUGAGCAGGUCAGUGAAAAUAGGAAACGACCCAGCACAGAGCCCUGGGGCACCCUGCAGUGUAAUGUCUAUUGCAGCUAACUUUGCAAAUACCUUUCAUUAACUUGGGUAUGACCAGCUCAAGAACUGAAUGUGUUUUGACAUUGUUGAUCUCUUUUUGUUCCAGCAAAACCCAGUGAAAUAUCUUGCAUGUUGGAUUAUAAUAACCAGGAUGUCAUUGGUGUACCAGAAUUUCUUAUAUGCAAGUGGGAGCACCAGAUUGAGCCUUCAACAGACACAAACUACACUGUACUAAGGUACAUUUGCAUUCUUUUAUUUUAAAAAAACUAAUUGUAUUGGGAACAUAUGUAUUGAUUAUUAAACAUAUUUUCUAUGCUUUUUUUAGCUCCUUUUCGGAUCGCUCGCCCCAAAGUGAAAUCUGCCACUCACGUGAAAAAACAUGCACUGCUGAUCACGAUAAAGUCACAGUUAUACUUCCUUAUCAGACUUUCAAUGUCACUGUUAGAGCCAAAUCUGCUGCUUUUGAGGUUUACUCUGAAACUCAAGAAUUGGACACUGAUCGGAUAUGUAAGUAACAUUGAGUAAAUUUUGUUAGAAAAUUACACAGUAACAAAGGACUCCUUGCAUUUUAACAUUGUUUAUUUCUGAAAUUUCUUUAGGGAAAAUUAUCCGUCCAAAGGUAGCUGUAAUGACCGGACCUGAUCACCUCUUAGUAAACUGGACCAUAAUGUGGGGCACGAAACCUGGUCCAUUUCAUUGUCAAGUCAAGUACAGCCAGGUAUGUCACUCUUUGAAUGUGUCAUUCUGCAUUUAAAUGAUUCACUGGAAGCUACUUGGAAAACUGUGACACAAGUCAAACAAACUAGUCAAACAAGUCUUAAUUUCAUUGCUAUGACAAUAAAACAGGAGUAACAAUAAAAAAUAGACUUUAAGUAUUGGAAAAGUGAAUCACUUCACUCAUGUUUGACUUGAAACAAUACUCAGAGUAAUAAGUAUUAUUAACUAUUAAAAAUUAAAAUCUAGCUGGGCAAUUGAAAAUAUGUAACUGCAGAGAUAAGUAUAAGAUGACCCAGUCUGUUAUUCUUUAGGAAUGGUAAUGUCAGGUACAACCAGAAAUAUACUUGACAACAAUAUAUGAACUGUCCACCCGAACCCUAGUGCGUCAGAACAAUAGCAGCUCGAUCUGUUAAAUUGCAGUUACCAGGUCUAUCAAACUCUGACAUUAUUGGUAAGAGCACAUGCCUGUACUUAAAGGCAGUCAUUUCAUUGAUACAAGCAUUGAAACAUUUCUUUGGAAAUGCUGUUCACAGGAACAUCAGAAUUUCUGAUCAAGUGUUAGUACUUUUAAUCGAAAACAGUGCACCAUGUGGAGUACAGCUGUUGUGAAACUGUGCCAGCAGUGCUUGCUGUAAUUACCUACUAUUCUCUUGAAUGAUCUUUUCUAUGGUAUUUGUGUUUCUCUUCCAGGCUUACACUGAAAGAAUUCGAGAGGUAAGAUCCACAUAAUUCCUUUGAAAAUGCAUUUUAUCGCAACAAUGCAAAGCUAUGAUGUGUUCAAUGUUGGACUUUUUGGGAUAAGGGUACAGUUGUGAGUUUUUUUCUGACUUUAGUCUUUCUAUUUUUUAGGUCACUUGUAACACCGCAUUUUGUGGGACGGGAAAAGAUUUGCCCUUUGAAAACCUGGAAUCUUGCAGUGUCUACGAAGUCACAGUCCGCUGUGCUUUAGUUGGGGCCCCCUGGAGUAACUGGAGCCUGGAGAAGACAGCUCUGACCAGAUGGAACAGUAAGAUCAAUGUUAAGACAUCAUUAGUUUUCUUCAAAUACACAGGAACCAAAUCCUGAAGCCUGGAAGUGGUUUGUGCAGGACUAAAAUAUCAGCUACAGAGAGUGAAAUCUGACUCACUAAGUUUCAGGUUUAGACUUGAAUGUGAAUAUCUUCAGAUGCAGUAAAUAAAGUUCUUGUUCAAGUCUGUCUAUGACUCAUGCAGCAAGUUGUCACUGCUAAAAAUGUUCCAGAGAAAGACAAUCAGUUCAUUCCAGGCCUUACACACAAACAUAAUAGGGUAUUACAGAGCUGAGGAUGAAUCAUUCACAAGCACAAGUUAACAUCUACAAAUGCCAACACUGAAUGAACAAUACAUGAAUGAUGGAUUAAACUUAAUUCAGUGUGUAAUCCUGGCAAGAUAAAAACAGCUGUCACUAUGAGCUCAUGAAUUUAGUCUCAGUGGGUUUUAAUAAACUGUUUUGGCUUCAGCUGAGGCAGAAAUUGUUCAAUUGUAUUUAAUUGCUGUGAGACCCUGCAUUUAUUUCAAUGUGAUUGUUAAUUUUCUGCCUGUAUACAGCGGCUGAUGCCAAGCUGCAACUCUGGAGAAACAUUGCUGAACCACUGGGAAAGGGAAAAAGAAAAGUUCAUGUGAUGUGGAAGGUAAAGAAGACCUGUUGUGCUUUGUUCAUCAAACUUUAAACAUGAUAUUCCCUUUGAGCUAAACUCCUUGGAUAACAUUUUAACCUCGAGCAUUGCUCACUGUCUACACAGGGGAUUCCUUCAACAUGCCAAGACACAUUAAACUACACCAUCCAGCUGAUUCCCUCCAAACCCCAGACGACCAGAGCAAAUCACUCUGAAACUAUAUUGUGUGGUAAUGUAACUUGUGAUGUCAAUGUGGACCAGGAUGCAUACAGGAUAAUCCUCACAGUGGCCCCAAGUGAUGCCCCGUCUGUGCAGCGCUCUGUUUAUGUUCCAGCUGUUGGAGAGAGUGAGUUCCAAUGCCAUCGAUUGCAUAUAUUUUGAUGGGUAGCCUUAACUCAUGCAUCACAGUGACUCAUUUAAUGGAAUAAUGCUUCCCACUAAUGUAUGUCAGUGAUUUGAUUUCCUAAACGUCUUCUCACUUGGCAGGCCUCCCUCGAGUUACCGGCAUCCAAGCAUCAACCCUUGAUGGUGUUAUUCUCGUCAGCUGGAAGGCUCCAGUUCAGCCUGUCAGUGGUUACAUAAUCGACUACACCCAUGAUGGAAAUCAGCAUUACUGGAGGGAGAGCAAAUACACAAAUAUCACACUGAUAGGUAGGUUAGAUGAGAAGGGAGGAGAAGGAUUGUUGAAUGAUUAAUUAAUGUGUUUUCAUGGAAUCUGAGUCAUCAUUACCUCCUUCCUGAUUCACAUGCUGUGAUUGAACUUGUCUGACAAUCAGAUCAAUUUGUGUUUUAUCCCUCAGUGUUGGGGCUGAUGGGGGGAACAGCCUUUUAUGAGCCUCUGUUGAAUGCAUUGGCUGGAAAUGAUGCAACUAUUCUUGAUAACUUAUUCUCAUGUUUCCCAGAGGUUGGAAAGGCUGGAGUCUGUAAAACAAAUAAACAAACAAGAUAAGACUAGAACUUUAUUAAUCCCUGAAAGGAAAUUCAAUAGUAUCAAUUCAAAGCAGCAUGACUAAUGCAGCAUGUAAUCAGAACUGCUCAUCAGAGGGUAGAAAAUAGAGAUGGGAGGUUUCCAAAUGAGUCAGUCGUUUGAGUGGCUCUUUUAAGUGGACCAUGAGAACUGGUUCACAAUGACAAGCCGUUCGUUUGCUAGCCGUUCUCAUAUGCAAAUUGGCUGCGCUGCCUCUACGUAUCACCUGUGUGCCCCAAACACCAGGUAGGGUAGUACAAGUUUGCAUUCACAUUUUUAUCAUGUCUUAGUUUUAAUCAGUUACCUGUAGCCUGAGUAGUUUUUAUUGUGCCACAAAGAUUUUUAAGGUGAGGAAAAAAAAAUUCAAAAUAUUGAUCUCACUGUCGAAGCAUGGGGAUAAUCAGUAUUUCUGAAUGAUUCCCAUCCAUGUGUACCCUUGUUGACCUCUAAAAAAUGAAUAAAUAUAACAAUGAGCCAGUCUUUUUAAUGGCUCUUUGAAUGGAACAGCUCCUCAAGAUCUGGCUCCCUUCAAAGAGCCAUAAAUCUCAUCUCCAAUAGAAAACUUUAGAAAUCCACCUCAACCUCUGUGCGCAGAGAAGAGCUGUUGAUUCGUCCACUUUCCUUUGUCCAAAGUUAAUCUUGAUACUAGUAUGUGCACCACGUUUCAACACUGUGAGGGUGCUUUGAGAGACUGUUUCAAAAGGUGGGCCAUCAUUGUCAACAGUACUGAAGGAAUUGGCUCCAAUCCCACUAUGAUGAACAACUUUCCAUACCAAGUCACGCUAGACAGUCAUUUUCAAACAAACCCAGUUAUUGUUGUGUCUUGCUCUCAUUUUUUGUGUCAUAUUAUCCCCAAAAAAGGCAAAAAUCCCUCAUCAAGGAUGUAAAGGCUAAAAAGUCAACCUCAAAUUGGCUCUUGAGAAAUUUUAAGGGACUAAAAAAGGUCAAGACAAGAUGCUGUCCCCAGGGGCACAUCGGUGCCAGUAAAAAAUGUUCCCACCAUAGUUUUUUAUCAGACAUACAACUCUGAGCCAAAGGAGAUGACAUUGCUUGCCAAUUCUACGCUGCUUGAAGUGUAGAAGUUUCAUAUCUUUGUGGCUGUCAAGUGUUGAAGCUAUCACACUUUAAUGUAAGAAAUGUUCAUACUUUGUUUUCACACAGACCUUCUGGAUAAGAAGCCUUACAACAUAACAGUAACACCCCUCUUUAAUGGCAAGACAGGUCAUGGCACACAAGCUCUGCAGAUCUGCUCAAGGGUUGAAGGUAGGAAAUCAAGAUUUUUAUCAGAGUUUGUAAAAGUUGCUGUUUGUUUGGUUUUACCAGUCUUAUUUUGAAAUCCUUAUCUGUGCCGAUCUAGCAAAUGUCACCAUCACCAAUGUUCAAGCUUAUGACAAAAGCGCCACUGUGAGCUGGGAUGUGAGGUCACAGGAGGUGUGCCGGGGAGCUGUUGUCACUUAUACUGUCUUCUACAGCAAACAGAAAGAACCACAGCAGAGUAAGGACUCCUCAAACUUGUUUAUUCGUUUAAAUAUUCAUGUUUUUUUCCUCUCAUGGCAUUUUCUUUACUGUUUUUCCUCAAGAUGUUACUGUAGGUAGCACAAGGCAGUACAUCUCUUUGAAAGACCUGACUCCAGACACCCAGUACCAUGUUUAUGUCCAGGCUACAACUCUCAGUGGAUCUUCCAACAGCAGCGAGUGGCUUUUUAAAACCAAGAAAUUUGGUGAGUACUCUGCUCAGCUACAAUCAGGCAUUAUUUUGAGCCAAAGAUAAUGCUGGAGGACUGAAAAGCUUGGAGACUUUGCUGGAAAUAUUAUGAGUCAUGUUAAAGUUAGGAACUACAGUAUUCUUGAAAUAUCCAUUAUGUUUGGCUGCCAGUCAACUGACCUAGUUAAAAAUGCAUGGAUCACCUGUGCUACGAGCAAGCUUUGGCAUGUCAGGUGGAAUGUGACGUCAGAUAAGGAUCUUGAAGGAGCUGCUUUCCAAAAAGAAGAAACUAUCUAUCUAUCAAUCCAUUUAUCAGUUCAUUCCUAUGCCGUUCAUCUGUUCAUCCAUUCAUCCACAUUUUGCAGUCCAAACAAAUCAGAUAUUUUAAGACUGAAGCAGCAGCAAAAUCUGAGUCCAGACUUUUUAGAUGUAUUCUAAGACGAAAACGUGGAUGAAGUGUUGGUGAAGUAGAUCAACUUUUUUAUAUUUAUAUGCAAUCAAGAUUAAUUUCCUUCCAUUCACCGACAUUGAAACUUGAGGAACUUUAUCUUGAGUAAUCAAGAUGAUUUUUUUAAGCCUCCCCAUUGUUUUGCAGCCACCCAAAACCCAACAACAUUGCAACUUGUCGUGACAUUUACAUUAGUGGGAGGGAAAGGUUCAUGCACUCAAUGCAUUGUUUUUCUAUAAAAUAAAUGAUUGCAUAUCUUUCUGAACAGACCCUAGGCUCUUAACAGCUCUCCUCGUCUGUGGAAGCAUCACAGUGGUCCUUCUGUUUAUUCUUGGAGUAUGCUGUGCUGUUCAGUAAGUUUCACUCUGCUGAUAUGUCAUACAAAUACAAGGGAGAUAUAUGUAUAAAGAAGGUGGGAGCCAUUUAGUACAGAAUGUGCAUGAAGUUUAGCUCACUUUCCCCCUUACCAGUCAAAUACUUUUCUUUAAGGUGGAGGAAAAUCAGUGAGAAGCCGAUACCUAACCCUGGACUCAGCUCUGUGGCGUUGUGGUCAUCGGCAAGUCAUCAAGAGGUAAACUUGAGUGGCUGACGCAUUGAGAUAUUUUAGACUUUGAUGAUUUGUGACCAAGGAAGAAAAUCAAGCAGGUGCUGCUUUGAUCGGGUGGUAUUCACGGAAGAAAACCGUCUGCUGCUACAGACAAAUAAUUUCUUGAAUUCUGGUACAUUUUCCACACUGCAAUAAAACUCUUCUGCUCUUUAAGUAACUACUGUACCAGUGCCAUGAUAUUUAUUUGUUCUUAAAGAUACUGUGUGGAAAGGGAAUUUUUAGCAACAUCUAGCAGUCAGAGUCUAGACUUAAGAGCUCCUUUGCUCACCCCUUCUGCUGCUGUAGCUCUCUGGUGGGCUUUGGGGACAAAACACUCCUGUAAUAAAUGUGUGUGAAGUGUGAUCCUCCAUUUACUGCAUUAAGUUGUAGUAAUCAAAGAACCACUUUCUUCUUCUCCUUUGUCUUCUAACUUGUGCAUUUUGAGUGCCUACUUGCUAAAAACAUACAAGAAUGCACCACUGAGACAUGAUAGUGCAAGAUACUAAAUGCUAAAUGUUUCUUACUGUACCUUUAAAUAAUCUACCAAAUUAUCUUACAGGCACUUUCAAGAAGUCUCACCUGUUUUAUGUAUGCCAUCUGUGAUUCUUUAUUAUUGUGUGUCUAUAGGGAACAUUUCUGGUCCAGCCAUUCAGUACUCCACGUGAAAGCUGGUGUGACAGAGUUUACCCAGAGGAGCUUGAAGGAACUUUUACACUAUUGAAAGACUAUAAAGACAAACCAGCUAAAGACCGAGCGGAGGAAUUCACUGUCCCUCAUGUAGUUCCAGCACCAGACGAACAAAGUACAUACUCAGGUGAAAGUGUAGAGAUGCUGCAUCCGUCAUCUCCCGAAGAAUCCACAGAGCUGCUUCUGUCAGACAGCAACCAUUCUAGCGCAUAUCGAAGUCAGAGCUCAGAGGAAGCUCCUGCACGGAGGACUAGCAAACAAAAUGAGGGUGGAGCUGUGAAACAGCUGGAAAACACUGCACCACCUACUGUUUAUGUCACUCUGGACAUGUUGAAAGGCAAAGCACAGUUGAAAGAAUUGGAAACAAAAACGUAG